GGGGAUGGGGCAUCUGACGAUAGCACUAUAGCACGCUGCCUGGGAGGGAAACGGUGUUGGUAGUGAGGAAGAGGCGCGCGCGUUCGCGUUCAGCUCUCGCCUGUUCGGUGAGCUGCAGGACCACGUGAUCAGCCCAGACACACAACAUGCCCAGCCAGGCAGCGCCCCAUGACAGCUACCACCUCGUAUGGAUCAUCUUCUUCAUCCUGGGCCUUGGCUCACUGCUGCCAUGGAAUUUCUUUAUGACGGCCACCAUGUACUUCAAGGGCCGCCUGCAAGACAAAAAAGAGAACGUCACGGCCAGGAACAGCAACGACAGCAAUGACACCAUUUCUGGUGCACCUGCGUGGGAGAGCGAGUUGUCCAAGAACUUUGACAGCACCAUGACCAUAUGCUCCAUGGUGCCCCUGCUCAUCUUCUGCUGCCUCAACUCCAUGCUGCACACGCUGAUCCCGAUCAAGCUGCGCAUCGUGGGGGGGCUGGGUGGCAUCCUGAUGAUGUUCGUGAUCACGGGCUCCCUCGUGUGGGCCAGCUCCCUGUCGCCCAGCGCCUUUUUUGGCAUCACCAUGGUCACCGUGUUCCUCAUCAACUCGUUUGGCGCUGUGUUCCAGAGCAGCGUGUUUGGCCUUGUGGGACGGCUCCCCCCUGGCUACACGGCCCCCGUCAUGAGCGGGCAGGGCAUGUCCGGCAUCUUCACCGCCCUCGCCAUGAUCUUCUCCAUUCUCAGUGGCUCAGACUCUCGCUCGGCUGCGUUCUGGUAUUUCGUGACAGCGUGCGUUGUAACGGCCAUCGCCAUAUUUAGCUACCUCUACCUGCCUCGUCUGAAAUUCGCCAGGUAUUACCUGUACAAAGACAACCACCCCACCACCACGGAUGACACAGAAAACAAAAAUGAACACAUCGCUAAUGGCGAUAGUAAAGUAGCAGGCCCCAAUCAGGCCUUCUUGAACCUGAACAAGGGAGAAGAGCGUCCUAAGCCCGACAGCAUCUACAUCAUCUUCAGGAAGAUCUGGUCGAUGGCGCUGUGCGUGUGUUGCGUGUUCUGGUUCACUAUCGCCGUGUUCCCGGCGCUCACCGUGCGCGUCGCCACAUUCAGCACCCACAACAUGUGGAACAGCCUCUUCCUGCCCGUGUGCUGCUUCCUCACGUUUGGUGUGAGUGACUUCAUGGGCCGCAGCCUCACAGCCGUCGUCAUGUGGCCAGGGGAGCACAGCUGCUGGUUCCCGGUGCUGGUGGCGGCACGCCUGGUGUUCAUUCCGGCGUUCCUGCUGUGCAACGUGACCCCGCACCCCUUUGGCAGCGCCCUACUGGCGCACGACGUCGCCUUCUUCCUCGUCAUGCUGCUGUUCGGCAUGAGCAGCGGAUACCUGGCCUCGCUGGCCAUGAGCUAUGGCCCCAAGCGAGUGGAGGCCCACAAUGCGGAGACAGCCGGCUCGGUGAUGAUGUUCUUCUUGGCGCUGGGCCUUGCUUUGGGAGCAGCGACGUCGUUCGUCAUGAUACAAUGCCUCUGAGCUGCCAGUGCAGUACAUACGGCGGGAAUCGUCACGCCAGGCCUAACUGCUACACUGCCAUCCACCAGGCCAAUCACACCCGUCACACUGCCGCCCGCGCGGACACACACACACAGACACGUUCCGCGUCAUGUGGUCCAUCACGAAAUAUUGUUAGAUUACAAUCUGUGGUAGCGAGAUGCGAAUUCUCUUGCCUGUUAUGCCGGAGGUCGUGGGUUUGAUCCUAGCCCUGUUGUGACGCCUGUAUAUUUGGAGUCCGCGCGUGUCUCACCCCAUGGUCCCGUGGAUUUUUCUCUGGGUCCUCCGGAUUUUCUCUCCACAUUUGGAAACAUGCGUUUAGAGAAUUUGGCUGCUAUACAUUUCCACAUGAUAAUCCAUUUCGUUGAGUUAUCAUUUCUAAUCGCCAGGUCCCUUCUCAAUAAGAGUUCUAGGGCUCAGUGGGCCUUACCUGGUAAAAUAAAUAAAUAACACGUCAUGUUUUACUUUUUUUUCGUAUUUGCUACUGAAGGCCAGGAACUGUUCUGUUCACUGCCUGCAAACUGAACUGCAAUUACCAAUAUUUUAUAAUCAUUAAGUUUUAUAAAUGCUUCCCUUGGCUUCCAUUCAAAUAUUUAUCUUAAAUGCCAUUCUCUGUAUUGUUUGAGACUCCCAAGGACUUUUUUGGAGUCACGCGUUUGUCUCCAAUACCAUGUUGUGUCAAAUGUAAUCCAGACAGUGCAGUGAUAAAAGUUUAUCCAAUGACACAGCUCAUUAUGCUCUCUUCAAAAUCGCAAUUAGGAUUUUGAGUGACCUGCAGAUGUUUUUUUUACCAGUGCUUUCAAAG